GGACGGCAAUAAGAAGUGGAAACUUAGAGAUUGCUCCACAUAGGAUCUGUCUUGCCAGGACAUGCCUGUUGGCACUAUAAGUUCCAAAGAGGCCCCCAACAUUAGAGGGUGAUCCCCUCUGCUCACAACACCUCCCCAAGCCCUCUUUGUUGACUUAAAAACAAAAGGAUGCAGGCAGGCCUGCCCUACUUCUCCAGAACUGAUGGGAUCCUGGAAGUGUCCAACUGGUUCCUUUUUGCCAGUGACUGCCAUGUCUACUUCCUGGGAGAGGAUGGGACUGGGAGGCUUCUGGGCAUUUAGUUAGAAAUAUGCAUGCAAAUCAAGAGUGGGAGGAUGAGCCAUAUGCCAGUCUUAGAUGUGGUAUGAAAUGUGUACAUAUAGGACCAAGUAUUUCUGGUUCCCCAGCUGAAUUAAGGAGUAUCACAGUGCUCAGGCCCCAAACAAUCUCAACACUCACUUUUUCCUUCAGUACACAAUAUCCUAGACUAUACUUUGAACCUAAGAAAUAGCUGGAGACCCGACUGAUGACAAGUAUAGGUUGAACAAUAUGCCUGUGAACAAAGCUGAUACAGCCAUAGGUGACCCUGAGAAGGAGUGAAUCAAAGGUGUGGGAGGAGCAGGUGCCCCAGCUCUCUGCCAUGUCUGCUCCAUACCCAUGCUCUGUGAUAGAACUGAGCAUCACCCAGCACAAAGCGAAUUGGCAAAUGAAACUUGCGCAGAAGCAAUGCUCCCAAAAGGAAGGUGACAGUAGAAGUAUGUCAUUGAAAAAUAGCUGAAGCAGUGGAAAGUUCAGUAGGGCUACCUUAUUUCUGUCCUCAGUUGCUAAAGAGGGCUGCUGCUUCUAAAGCUGCUGAUAAUAUUAGAUCUUGCGGACUGAAUGAUUACUCUGUGCCAAGCUCUAUUCUGAGCAAUUUGCAUAUGACUCUGAGAUCCCCUUAAAAUAUGCUUACCAUUCUGGCCUUCAUUCUUUAGCUAAGAAAGCUGUAUACAGACCAUGAGUUUCAUUGGAAAGCAAUGUACAGAAAUGUACUUGCUACUGUAAAGCAGGUUUAGUAUGAGGAAGAGCUUUCUAGUGUAUUGAGCAUCUACCCAUCUAAGCCAGACAUGGCCUUGGGAGCGCACCAUUUAUUAUUUUAGUUCCUGAGAGGAAUUAUUGUACGUGUUUAUAAAUGAAGAAAUUGAAAUCUAGAAACACUAAAGAAAUAGGACAACUUUGUACUACUAAGUAACAGCCCAGAUCUGAAUACUGAUAUUUCUGACUCUGACAUCCAUUGUCACUGCUGCUUAGAACAAAGGUGAAGGUACACAGAUGGUCUAGGGGCACAGCAGCAGGCUGGCUCCACUGCACAUGUCUUGUUCGGUAUUGCACAUUCUUCAUACUAGGGAUGUUUGAAAGACUGAGUACCAGUAGAGAUCCUUGAUGGAACAGAAGAAGUUACAAUGAAGAGGGUUGUAGACAGACCCUUGUGUUAAAUUGGUAAUGAAUAAUGAGUGCAUCUAAUCUCAGUAAGACCGCCAAUGUACCAGAGAUUUUAAUGCAAUUGACUUCUAGGUCCACACCAGAUUCAUAGGGUAAGACUAUAGGGGAGCAGAGCCUGGGGAUCUGUGUGUUACAUCACUCCCUGAUUGAUUCUGCCAUGUGGCCAGCCACAGCUCCAGAGCAAACUCCGGCCCCACCUCGGCCCUACCAGGGCGUCCGUGUGAAGGAGCCAGUGAAGGAACUGCUGAGGAGGAAGCGUGGCCAUGCCAGCAGCGGGGCGCCAGUCACACCAACAGCGGUGGUGCUGCCUCACCAGCCCCUGGCAACCUACACCACAGUGGGUCCUUCCUGCCUUGACAUGGAGAUGUCUGCUUCCACUGUGACAGAGGAGGGGGCCCUGUGUGCUGGCUGGCUCUCUCAACCUGCCCCAGCCACCCUCCAGCCCCUGGCACCAUGGACACCCUACACUGAGUAUGUGUCCCAUGAGGCCGUCAACUGCCCUUACUCAACUGACAUGUACGUGCAGCCCGUGUGCCCCAGCUAUACGGUGGUGGGGCCCUCCUCGGUGCUGACCUACGCCUCUCCACCACUCAUUACUAAUGUUACGACCAGAAGUGCCAGCACGCCCACGGGUGGCCCCCAGCUGGAGGCCCCAGAACACCAGGCACCCCUCACCUAUUUCCCAUGGCCUCAACCCCUUUCCACGCUGCCCACCUCCACCCUACAGUACCAGCCUCCGGCUCCAGCCCUGCCUGGUCCUCAGUUUGUCCAGCUGCCCAUCUCCAUCCCAGAGCCAGUGCUUCAGGACAUGGAAGACCCUAGGAGAGCCAUGAAUUCGCUGACCAUCGACAAGCUGCUUUUGGAAGAAGAAGAUAAUGACAGCUACGUGCUCAACCACACGCUCUCUGUGGAAGGCUUUUAGGGUUUGAUCUCCACUGGGAGUCCUAUUACCCUUGGUUAGGAGUUCCAGAAUAGCCUGGGCUUGAGCCCCAGACUCACAUCUGGAGUAGCCAUGUUGUAGCUACACUUUCUGCCGAAGCAAUUAAAUUGUAGACCUUC